AUGCUAGGAGUUAUUUUCUUGAACAUAAAACUUGUUGGACAGCCCUCUUCAGAAUUGGAUACAGAUUUUGAUGAAGAAUUUGAACUUUUUAAACGUUAUCAAGUUGAAAUACACAAAGACGAUCCUGAUGAAUUGUCUACAAGUUCUUUUACUCGUUUUUUGGCUUCGUCUCCUUUAAUUGCUGAAGAGGAGAACCAAAAAUCAAGUGAAUUUACUUCACUAGGUUCCUACCAUCAACAAUAUCGUUUAGAUGGUCAAAUAAUAGCUGUUGGUGUAAUAGAUAUUUUACCAAAUUGUUUUUCUUCAAAAUAUCUUUUUUAUGAUCCAAAUUAUUCUUUUUUGUCUUUGGGUGUUUAUUCUGCAUUGUGGGAAAUUAAUUUUACAAAAUUUUUGGCAAAACAAAGACCAAAUUUGCACUAUUAUUAUAUGGGCUUUUACUUGUAUGAUUGUCCAAAAAUGCGUUAUAAAGGAUGUUUUAGACCUUCGGAUUUACUUUGUGAUUAUUGCUUUGAUUGGGUGCCUCUAUCAGAAUGUGACAAACUUUUAAAAGAAAAUGGAGGUCGUUUUACAACAUUUCAUCCAAAUGUGGAAACUUCUAAAAAACCAGAACCUAAUGAAUCCCAAUUAUCUCAAGUUGUGUGUUUAACAGAAAAUAAAAGGCUUUAUUAUGGUGCUUUAAAAGCAAUUUUAGAGCAAUAUGGAGAUGCUGAAGAUGUUGAAGAUUUGAAUGAAAAAGUUGUAAAUUUUGUAAAUUAUGCGGGUCCGGCAUCUUCUCAAAUUGUUUUGAUGUUGUAG